AUGCUCAUAAUUCUUUAACUUUUGAUUUACUAAGCAUAAUCUGAACUUAUAUAGAUUUUAACUAAGCAGGAAGUAAUUUUAGAGGUCUUUACUUCAGCUGGAAUAAUCCUUGAACAAUAAUUAACAGAUUAAAGAUUAUGUCACAUUGUACCAUAAUAAUUAGUGGCUCAUGACAUUGAUGAUAAUUCAAUAACCUUAAUCGAAAGUUACAAAGAUGAAAUAUUUAGUUAAAACUUUGAGCUUGGAUCCUUUGUUGGCAAAAUAGGAAAGAUUAUAAAAUUUGUAUAAGUUUCUAAUGGGGUUUUGGUGUUAUAAGAUGAUGCUCAAUUAAAAUAUUUAAGUUAUCAAAAUAAUUCCUUUAGAUUGAAAUCGACUUUUAUGUUAGAAAUUGACAAAUUCGCUUUAGAAGGCAAUGUAUUCUUAGAAUAUUUUUAUUAUCAAUAAUAAGUUUUAUUGAUAGCAAAUACUUAAACAUUAGCAUUAGAUUUAAUUUAUGAUGAUGAGGAUCUGUAUCUAAAAUAGUAUAAAAUUUAUGAGCAAUGGCAAAUAUCUCAUAUAAACAGUAUUGCAACAGUUGGUAAUAUUAUGAUUGUAGCUAUGGAUACUGGAAUCAAAAUAUUUGAAUUCAAGGAUCAUUUAUUAAAUGAGUUAUUAAUAGAAAUCGAUUAAAUUAAUCGUGUUACUGAUAUCAAAAUUUUUAAUAAAAAAAAUAAUGAAAUUUACUAUAUUUAUUUAUUAGAUAAGAUACAAGGAAUUAAUCAGUAUAUUUUCAAUACCGUAACUUAGAAUCUUUAACUUAAUUCAAAAUUAGGUAUCAUUCCAUAUCCAGGUGAAAUCCUUGAUAUUUAUAAUGAAAUAUUAAUGAUUGUGAAAGAUAAAAAUCUAUAUGAGAUUCGAGUAGAUUAUUAUAGAAAUUAAUUUACACUUGUUAAAUAGCAUGAGUUAGAAACUGAAAUUAUUGAUAUUGAAUUGACAGAAUAAUUUGCUAUUGUAAUAGGUAGAAAUGGUCAUUAAAUAUUGUUUCAUUCAAUUCCAUCCACUUAUUCUUAAUUUGAGUGGAUGAAUCAAUUAGUUAUACCUAAUUUAAAAUAAUUGGGUAUUUUAUCUUUGAAUUUAGAUUAAUAAAAAUAAUAGCUUAGAGAGGGUACUUCUUCUCAUAAUAUAAUAAUUGGAAUAACAUAACACAAAUUCUUUUAUUCUAAAGUGGAAUUGGUAAAUAUCUUGAUUAUUGAAUAUAGGAAAAAUCAUUUAUAUAAUGUUAUUCAGAUGAAAUGACUACUGAAAUUCAAUUAAAUUAUAGUCAUAAGGCAACUAGAUGUAAAUAUAAUUUGAAGAGUCGAGAAUGUGAACUUAUUAAAACAUAUAAAAUCUAAUUCGUUGAACCUAAACAAUUUGGAGGUAAUAAAUAAACUUAUUUACUAAUAAUAUUGCUAUACAUAGUGAUAUUAUUAUUAUUUAUUUUAUUUAUUGGAGCCUUAAUUUAUUUGUAUAAGAAAUAUCAAGUAGAUCAUGAAAAAUAUAAUGAACAUAUGCCAGAUGUAACAUAAAAUUUGAAAACAGACAAUUAAAACAAUUUUUAAAUUCCAUCGUCGAACUAUUUAGUCCCUAUCUCUAGAGAUGACCAAACACCAAUCUCUGAAUAGCGAGAAUAGAUGAAUCAAUAACUUCGAAAUAAUAGACCAAUAACAUAAGAAAAUGGUGAUUUAUCUCCUGGACCCUUUGAAAUUGGUUGA